AUGCCGCCAAAUUAUAUUAAUCAAUGCUGGGUGGACCUCAGCAAGAAAUUAAAUAGCUGCGGCGAUGGGCCAGUGCUCACGAGUGAGGAGUGGAAAAAACGCUUCAGUAAUUGGAAAUAUUGCACGCAAAAUAAAUUCCGCAGGAUGGAAGUACACCGGAAGGCUACGGGUGGUGGCCCAUCGACUACCAUAAGUAUGACGGCCCUGGAGGAGCGGGGAAUUGCGACCUGUGGCAAGACCGCAGUUGCCGGAAUUGAGGGGGCCCCUUUGUACGAGGAGGUCCCUCUGGAGGAUCCAGAGAAUCCGGAGGUAAAGGCGAAGAAGGAAAAAACCAAAACCCCAACUCUUUUGGCUUCCAUGUUUCAACAUACUUUGACAACAAUAGCGACCCCACAUCGCCACAUCUGCACCUCCCAAAAAAGAACCCGGAGAACGUCAGUAAUAGCCAAAUCAACCCAGGAGGUGUUAGCCACCUGCACAAACUCAACUGAGGCCACCAAGGCGCAAACAGAGGCCAUUCUGGCAGUUGCAGCGGCAAUUCUACAGCUG